CGAAGAAGUAGUAAACGGAACUGAACAGUGAUCAAGAACAAUUUCCACGUUAGCGUUUUUUUGUUAUUUAGACAUUUAUUAACACCCUGGAACUCAAAAUAGGAUUAAUUUAACUGCACAGCAUAACUUAUGUAUCCCUGGUAGUGUUUAAUUCGCGUUGAAGACAGUACUUGGUUGAUAUAGGUGAUAUAGUUCAUGAUAGUUAGCUGCUAACGUUAGCUAACAAUGGCUACCUGUAACUCAAACGUUAUGAUUUUUCACACUCAAAUAGCCUCCGUCAUGGAGGUACUAGCGAAUGCGGCCGUUGCAGAGAUAUGUAAACUCGUAGACGACGACUAUGCAGUGUUUCGUUUGGAAAUAACUCAAAGCCAGAAAGAAAACAGGGCAUUGCGGAGGAAACUACAGCUACAGGAACUGAAGGUGGGACGGGAGCGCGCCGAGAGGACAACGCGAGAGCGCGUCUUCGCCAGUCGUCCCAGUAGUGUCAAGAUCCUCGAUAGAUACAGAGGAAUGACAAGAGGUGAAGGACAUCUCACUGGAGGCCACAGGAGCUUUGUGAAACCAACGGGACACAAAACAUGGAGAGAUUACCAACCCAUAGCUAUAGAUGAGGGGAGUGGAACCUCAAACCAACAUGUUAUCCUGAUAGAGUCUGCAGAUGCAGAGGCUGCUAGUCCUGGAGGAUCGUCUCUGGUCAAACAGGAGAGGACUGAAGGAGAGGAGGACCCACGACACAGCAGAGCCAUCCAGAUUGGAGCGGUUGGAGUGGCGCCCCCUGUAGCUACGGAGGACUUCGCCUCCGCGCCCCAGUCUAGGGCUCAAUGCAGCAUCACGGAGGUCAGUGGAACGCCGAAUGCCGUCCUGAAGUCAGAGAAAGACACAGAGACAUUAGCUGUAACACAAAGGUUCUUACACACAGGACCUGACCAAAUGUCAGACCCAGAGAGACUGGAGUUGGGACCACUGGGCUGUCCUCCUGCUCCUGGCUCAGAGUAUUUACUUUACGGUAACCCGAGCCUGAGGACGGUUCAUUCCCAUGGGGACUCACGUGACGUGUUGGAGACUGGCAAUGAUCUGUCUUGUUCUUACACAACAGAGAUGGAUCCUGUCAACAUGCCCUUGGGUUUAGAGACACAGACUGAUCUGUCUAGAGGGGACUGGAAACAGUACAGUAGUAGCGUAUACUCUGAAGGGUGCCUAGAUAAGAAAGGGGAGGUUAUAGUCAUAGAUGAGAGGACUGUGAAGGGCGAAGCUCCUCUGACAUGGAAUGUAGAUGAGACUCACUUAGUAGUAGGACACUCACAAGGCAGAGAUUUCUUAGAUUACAGAGAAAGCUUAGAGACUAAUCCAAAUGUUGCUUCCCAUUCCCCUUUACACACGCUCAGGGAUCUCAACCCAGUGUCCACGUCAAUGGGGCCUUCCGAUUCACAGAGCCGGGACUUUUUCGAUCAGGUAUUGAACUCAAAGGAUCAAAGGGCCAAGGCUCGGGGAGGGGGACCAACAUCAGGCAAUAGUAAAGAGAAGCGGUUCUGUAAUGAAGGCUUCAAUUGCCCCCAGAAGGUAGAGAUCCAUCAGAGGGUCCACAUAGGAGUGAAACCCUUCAGCUGUACCCAGUGUCAUAUGCACUUUGCUGAGGCUGGCAACCUGAAGAGGCACCAGAGGGUCCACACAGGGGAGAAACCCUUCAGCUGUGUUCAGUGUCACAUGCACUUCGCCCGGACGGGUGACCUGAAGAGGCACCAGAGGGUCCACACAGGGGAGAAACCCUUCAGCUGUACCCAGUGUCACAUGCGCUUCGCCCAGGCUGGCAACCUAAAGAUGCACCUGAAGGUCCACACGGGAGAAAGGCCAUUUGCCUGUCCUCACUGCGGGAAGAGGUUUUCAGAGAGGAGAUGCCUCAGGAUACACCAGCAGAAAAAACAUUCCAUUUUAUAAUAAAGAAACCAUUCCACUCAAUAGCUUCUGACUCUUAGAUCUAACCCUGCAUUAAAGACCAGGAUUAAUUUACAUUGUAGUCAGCAGAUGCAUUUGAAGUAACGAAUGUAACAGAUUUCAGUGUUGAAUAUUCCUGUGUAAAUAUUGCAUCCAGACAUUGUGUGAUACAAUGCAUUCAAUUCAAGUAUUUUUCAACAUUUUGUUACUUUACAUCCUUAUUCUAAUAUUGAUUUUAUAUCUUUUCUUCAUCAACCUACAGACAAUACCCCAUAAUGACAAAUCAAAAAGUGUUAUUUUUUUAUUUUUGCAAAUUUAUAAAAAAAAAAACUGAAGUAUGACUUUACAUAAGUAUUCAGACCCUUUACUCAGCACUUUGUUGAAGCACCUUUGGCCUCAAUUACAUCCUUGAGUCUUCUCACACACAGGUGUUCCUUUCCAAAUCAUGUCCAAUCAAUUGGAUUUACCUCAGGUAAACUCCAAGUUGUAGAAAUGAUGAUCAAUGGAAACAGGAUGCACCUGAGCUCAAUUUCGAGUCUCAUAGCAAAGGGUCUGAAUUUGCAAACAUUUCUAAAAACCUGUUUUCGCUUUGUCAUUAUGGGGUAUUAUAUGUCAAUUGAUGAGGAAAAAUAAUUAUUUAAUCCAUUUUAAAAUAAGGCUAUAACAUAACAAAAUGUGGAUGAAGUCAAGUGGUCUCAAUAGUUUCCGAAUGCACUGUUUUAUAAGCAUAAUAUACAAUGAACAAAAAACAUGAAUGUGAAGUGUUGGUCCCAUGUUUCAUGAGCUGAAAUAAAAGAUCACAGAACUUUACCAUAUGCACAAAAAGGUUAUUUCUCUCAAAUUAUGUGCACUAAUUUGUUUACAUUCCUGUUAAUGAGUUUCUCCUCUGACAAGAUAGUCCAUCCACCUGACAGGUGUGGCAUUUCAAGAAACUGAUUAAACAGCAUGAUCAUUACACAGGAGCAUCUUGUACUGGAGACAAUAAAAGGCCACUUUUAAAUGUACAGUUUUGUCACACAAGUUUUUCUACCUCCCUAUUUCUCACCAAUUUCAAUGUUGUCUCAUCGCUGAAACUCCCCAACGGGCUCGGGAGGCGAAGGUGGAGUUAUGCGUCCUCCGAAACAUGCCCCGCCUUUGAGGGAGCAUGCAAUUGGCAUGCUGACUGCAGGAAUGUCCACCUGAGCUGUUACCAGAGAAUUGAAUGUUCACUUCUCUACCAUAAGCCGCCUCAGCGGUUUGCUGAUGUCAACGUUGUCAACAGAAUGCUCCAUGGUGGCGGAGGGCUGAUGAUAUGGGCAAGCAUAAGCUACAGACAACAAACACAAUUGCAUUUUAUUCGUAGCUAUUUGAAUACAGAGAUAGCAUAACUAGAUCCUGAGGCCUAUUGUCUUGCCAUUCAUCUGCCGCCAACGUCUCAUGUUUCAGCAUGAUAAUGCACUGCCCCAUGUCACAAGCAUCUAUACACAAUUCCUGGAAGCUGAACAUCCAGGUGCACUUUUGCAAACUUCAGAGGUGCAGCAAUGCUUUUUUUGGACAGCAGUGGCUUCUUCCGUGGUGUCCUCCCAUGACCGCAAUUCUUGUUUAGUGUUUUACGUAUCGUAAACUCGUCAGCAGAGAUGUUAGCAUGUCCCAGAGAUUUCUGGAAGACUUUAGCUGACACUCUAGGAUUAUUCUUAACCUCAUUGAGCAUUCUAGGCUGUGCUCUUGCAGUAUUCUUUCCCAUAAGGCCACUCCUAGAGAGAGUAGCAACAUUGCUGAAUUUUCUCCAUUUAUAAACAAUGUGUCUUACUGUGGACUGAUGAACGUCAAUGCUUUUAGAGAUACUUUUGUAACCCUUUCCAGCUUCAUGCAAGUUAACAAUUCUUAAUCUUAGGUCUUGUGAGAUCUCUUUUGUUUGAGGCAUGGUUCACAUCAGGCAAUGCUUCUAGUGAAUAGCAACCUCAAAUUUUGUGAGUAUUUUUUUAUAGGGCAAGGCAGCUCUAAACAACAUCUCCAAUCUCGUCUCAUUGUUUGGACUCCAGGUUAGCUGACUCCUGACUCCAAUUAGCUUUUGGAGAAGUCAUUAGCAUAGGGGUUCACAUACUUUUCUCAAACUACACUGUAAAUGUGUAAAUUAUGUAUUCAAUAUAGACAAAAAAGGAUGUGUGUGUUAUUAGAUUAAGCACAGUAUAUUUGUCUAUGGUUGUGAUUUAGAUGAUCAGAUUGCAUUUUAUGACCAAUUUAUGCAGAAAUCCAGGUAAUUCUAAAGGGUUCAUAUACUUUUUCUUGCCACUGUAUAUGAACUGCUGCAUGUUGCAUUCAUAUUUUUGUUCAGUGUAUAUAAUCCUAAAAUGUCUGUUCCAUAUUGUGUUUGUACUGUGUAGGCUAUAUGUUCACAUGCCUAUUUCAUUCAAUUACUUUAUUUCUUUCCCAAGACACUUUUAAUGAGAAAAUGAAUGCAGUUGAUCAAAUUCAUGCAGAUUUUUUGUUGAUGUGUGUGAUUUUCAUAUGGUGUAUGUCGUGGACUUAUUGUCAUCAAAAGGAGAGCCUUUUACAUUUCUUCAAAACAAGUAAACUUUGUUAUUUAAUUACUGCAGUAAUGGAGCUUCUCAACGAGCCCCCGUGAUUCUUUGAGAGCCCAACCAGCAGGACUAAGCCACAGCAUUUUAUAGCGAAGUCCAUCCUCCUGGAUGUUCAUGACAAAUCACAGAUGUAUAGAAUGGGUCACGAGGUUAGGAUUCGUAUGAAAGAUACUAAUAAUUAACAGCAAACAGUAUCUGCUGUAAAGACUGAUCUCAUUGUGUAGAAACCAGAGUCUGGACCCCAGCUCCAUACUGGAGCCAUCGGAAAUCAUCUGUCAGUGUUAAAUCUCCCAGAGGCCCAUCCUCAGUAGAACACACACAGAUGAACGUGUUUUCUUAGAACCCCCUAUUCUGUUGCAUAAAACAACCAUUUGAUGCAUUAACAGUAUUGUAACAAUCUUGCCAUAUGUAUUUAAAACUUGUUUAAUAAACACAAAAUGGGACUUUUCAUUCUAA